ACAGCUUAAAAGGAGUCGGUGCUCCCCUGUGGACAUAGCUUCAGGGACCCUUUGACAGUCAGACAAGAUCACAAGUCACCAUGGAUCCCGGCAAAUCUCAUUAUCCAGUCGUGGCGCUUGCCAGCGCCGUCCUCCUUCUCUGGUAUACUGCGACCUACCUGCAACGAAAAUGGACCCAGCGCCGCAUCGCCAAAGCAAACAACUGUCAACCGCCACCCACCUACCCUCGGAAGGACCCCUUUUUUGCCCUCGACAAUAUACACGAGCAGCUGACGUACGCCAGGAAGCACAAGCUUCUCGAGCGCAUCGUCGAGCGUUUCAAGGAGAAUGGCAACACCUACCAAGGACGACGACUCACCACCCCCAUCAUCAUAACGUGCGAGCCAGAGAAUGUGAAGACGAUCCUGUCACUCCGCUUCAAAGACUAUGGCCUAGCUGGUCGCAUCAAUGCGGCCGGUCCGCUUUUGGGCCAUGGCAUCUUUACAACUGACGGUGAGCAUUGGGCGCAAUCGCGUGCUAUGGUGCGUCCGAACUUUGUGAAGGACCAAGUUGCACAUCUGGAUAUCUUUGAGGAACUCAUGGACGAUCUGCUCCCGCUUAUCCCCACCGACGGGGGAACCGUUGAUUUGCAAGAGCUAUUUUUUGAGUUCACCAUUGACUCUGCGACGGAGUUCCUCUUUGGGCACAGCGUGCAUAGUCUCAAAAAGCGACGCGCUGGGAUCCGCGACAGCACGGAACAGGACUUCGCGGGGGCAUUCAACUAUGCACAAGAGGCCAUUGCAACGAACCUACGCCUGGGUAAGCUCAGACAUUUCCGUCGCGACCGCAAGGCUGAGGAGUGCAAUCGUAUCUGUCAUAACUUGGUGGAGCAAUUCGUUGAUAGCGCACUAAGGGUGCGAGGGCGGUAUGACGAGGAGAAGGCGCUCACGGCAGGGGAUAGCCACGGUGCGAAAGAAAAGAGAAAAUACCUCUUCCUCCACGGGCUAGCCCAACAGACAGGUGACCGAAGGCGUAUCCGCGACGAGCUCAUGAAUGUCCUUCUGGCUGGACGGGAUACCACCGCCUCUUUGUUGAGCAACCUAUUCUUCAUGUUGGCGAAGAACCCCCGGAUUUGGAACAAGUUGCGCGAGGAGGUUGCCAGCCUGGAAGGUCGCGCGCCAUCGUACGAGCAACUGCGUAACCUGAAGUACCUGAAAUUCUGCCUUAACGAAUCUCUUCGCUUGCACCCUGUUGUCCCGGCAAACGCACGCUUUGCCAAUACUGACACAAUCCUUCCCGUUGGUGGCGGACCCGACGGCAAGUCGCCUGUCUUCGUACCCAAAGGCUGCACCGUUGCAUACCAUGUCUAUGCGAUGCAUCGUCGCGAGGAGUUUUUCGGCCCGGAUGCCAAUGAGUUUCGACCCGAGCGUUGGGCCGACAUUCGUCCGGGAUGGGAGUAUCUUCCGUUCAACGGGGGACCGCGUAUUUGCGUUGGCCAACAGUAUGCCCUCACGGAGGCGGGAUAUGUCACUGUGCGACUUGCCCAGAAGUAUUCCGUGCUUGAAAGCAGGGACCCCGGGCCAUGGGAGGAGGGUCUGACGUUGACGCUUUGUUCGAGGAAUGGGACGAAGGUGGGAUUGCUGUAGUCGGUCCCUCCCUGUGUAAGUUUUUGGAAAUGAUGAAUAUAGGACGCAUGUUACGUACAUAAUGUUAUAAAUCAGAACCCAUCAGAUAUGGUCUUGACACUAUUACAGUAUUGAUGCCACCGAACAAUCGAUUGUUGAGCGUAUUGUAGUGGCAGGCAGUGUAAACAGAGGAGGUUCUAAGCCGAGAUCAGGUGCCCGGGGUCACGGGACCCAUUUCCAGUGGUUGACGUGUGCCAAAGUCCUAGACCG